AUGUCACCACGCCUAAUGACUUUCCUUGGAAUCUCAAUCCUAGGAAUCAGUACCUACUGUGGCUUCUUAUACGCGUCUUAUCGCCGUGAAGUCUCCAAGUCCCAGGCACUGAAUAUCCCCACUGACGUGUCAGACCGGUACAAUACCACAGCACCAACCUUCGACGCAGAGGUUGAGCUCUCUGAGAAAGCUAUGCGCAUGGGCGCCAAGCGCGCAGAUCUGAUCAGCCUCGCUCGUGGAGAUGUACUCGAGGUAAGCUGCGGCACAGGCCGGAACCUCGAGUACUACGAUAUUGGAGAACGGAGAGGCGUGGACGAACAAGGCCGUGCCGCCAUCCUAGGAUGUCGUUCGCUUACACUUGUGGACCUGAGUCCGCAGAUGGUGUCCAUUGCGGAAGAGAAGUUCGAGGCACUACACCCUGAGUAUAAGACCAAAAGCACCCCUGUGACGUUCCGAGCACAGGAUGCCGGGUCUGUUACCGUUGAAUGUCCUCCAAAGGGUGAGGAUAAAAAGGCUUAUUAUGAUUCUAUUGUACAGACGAUGGGGUUGUGCUCGAUGCCUGAUCCUGUGCGUACGCUACGGCAUUUGGGGGAGAUUACGGAGCCACGGAAUGGUCGCAUAUUGUUGUUGGAACAUGGGCGGUCGCACUAUGACUGGCUGAAUCGUAUUUUGGAUAAUCUUGCUCCUGCGCAUGCGGAUCGACAUGGUUGCUGGUGGAAUCGCGAUAUUGGAGCGAUUGUAAAGGAGAGUGGAUUGGAGAUUGUGGAGGAGAAACGGUGGCAUUUUGGAACGACGUGGCGGUAUGUGUUGCGUCCGAGAGCCAGUUCUGAGAGCACUUGA